UAAAAUUAAAGAAACGAGUGUAUAGAUAGCACCUACCCUAUUCGUUGAGCCUUCUUCCUUCGGAGUGUGCCGCCGCAGAGUAAUCAUCUCUUUCGAAUCCAAACUCCAUUUGUGGCGUUGACUAGCAGAGAUGGAACAACCACCCUCUGAAGCCCUGGAAUCUUUGUCUGUCUCAGAUUCUCAGAUCCCUCAGUCCUCCAGUUCCACACCUCAAUUGAGUCCCGAAGAGAAGUUUAAGAUUGUGAGGAGCGUCGGAGAAGAAUGCAUUCAGGAAGACGAACUCCUUAACCUCCUCACCAAAAAGCCCGAACCCGUUUGCUACGAUGGUUUUGAACCCUCCGGACGCAUGCACAUUGCUCAGGGUGUCAUGAAAGCAAUCAGUGUGAACAAGCUCACAUCUGCUGGUUGCCGUGUCAAAAUAUGGAUUGCUGAUUGGUUUGCCAAGCUGAACAAUAAAAUGGGAGGGGAUUUGAAGAAAAUUGAGACGGUUGGUCGUUACUUGAUUGAGAUUUGGAAAGCUGUUGGGAUGGAUGUCGAGGGAGGGAAAGUUGAGUUUCUGUGGUCUUCGAAGGAGAUUAACGCCAGAGCUGAUGAGUACUGGCCUCUUGUGUUGGAUAUAGCUCAGAAGAACAAUCUAAAAAGGAUUAUCAGGUGUAGCCAAAUAAUGGGACGAAGUGAACAGGACGAAUUGACUGCUGCUCAGAUAUUCUAUCCAUGCAUGCAGUGUGCGGACAUAUUUUUCCUCAAGGCUGACAUCUGCCAAUUGGGAAUGGAUCAACGGAAAGUGAAUGUUCUUGCUAGAGAGUAUUGCGAUGACAUUAAGAGGAAGAACAAGCCCAUUAUCUUGUCACACCACAUGUUACCUGGUCUGCAGCAAGGGCAAGAAAAGAUGUCAAAAAGUGAUCCAUCAUCUUCUGUUUUCAUGGAAGACGAGGAGGCUGAAGUGAAUGUGAAAAUAAAAAAGGCGUAUUGCCCACCAAAGAUUGUGGAAGGAAACCCAUGCUUGGAGUACAUUAAAUACCUUAUCUUACCCUGGUUUAAUGAGUUCACAGUGGAGCGUAGUGCAGAUAAUGGAGGGAAUAAGACAUUCAAAAGCUACGAAGAGCUUAUUGCAGACUAUGAAAGUGGAGAGCUACAUCCUGCUGAUCUCAAACCAGCAUUGUCAAAGUCAUUGAAUAAAAUUCUGGAGCCUGUAAGGGAACACUUCAGGAAGGACAGCAAUGCCAAAGAGCUACUGAAAAGGGUCAAGGCUUACAGGGUCACCAAGUAAUUUUCUGAUUAAAAAGACUUCAGGCUAAUUCUAUUUUUUUGCCAAGCAGCCAUAUAGUUUUCGUGUUAUGGAGUGAUGCACUUUUGGACGUGUAAAAUGUGGCAGAGUCGUUCUCUUUAGAAUGAGUAACUUUAUUUUUGUUCGUGUAUUUCAUUUACUUGAAAUAUAGAUAUAAUGUGUUAAUUUAA